GCCAUCUUAGGUGAUCCGUGCCGAGCCACACGAUGCGUUUCAUCGUUCCGCCCGUCGACAAACAGCUGUAAAAAGAAACAUCUGUCAAGGCUCAGAAGUAACGCAGUUACUUGAGGCCGUUCAACCACCCGGAGCUCGGACAGCUGCACGCGCUCGCUCGUUCUGGGCGUUUCCAUGGUGACAUCAGCAGGCUCGCGCUGAUCGACACGUAGUGUUUGUUGAACGCUAACCGUCAAAGGGAAGGCAGCUGUAGUUGUCCCUGCGCACACAGACUGAGACUGACCUCAAGUUCUUCACGUCCUACUUCCUGAUUUCAUCAUGAACAUGUUUGACCGCAACAUCAACAUCGAUGCUCUCUUUAGGUUCUCCCAAAUAUCUCAUUCCACCCAGGUGCAUUUGAAGAAUGUGUACUCCAGCUUGGCUCUCUGCAUGUUUGUGGCUGCAGCCGGCUCCUACGUUCAUGUCGCCACACGCCUCUUUCAGGGGGGAAUCCUGUCGGUUCUCGGGUCACUGGGAAUGAUGUUCUGGCUCGCUAUGACGCCUCACAACCCUGAGACGGAGAAGAAGAGGCUGACUAUCCUCGCAGCGUUUGCCUUCCUCACAGGUGUUGGCCUUGGCCCCACACUGGACUUUGUCAUUGCUGUCAAUCCAAGCAUCAUCGUCACAGCCUUCUUGGGAACCUCUGUGAUUUUCACGUGCUUCACAUUCAGCGCCGUUUAUGCAAAACGCAGGAGCUACCUGUUCCUUGGAGGUGCUCUGAUGUCGGGCCUUUCCAUCCUCUUCCUCAUGUCCUUGAUGAACGUAUUUUUUGGAUCCCUCAUGCUCUUCAAGGCGCACAUGUACCUGGGGCUGCUCAUUAUGUGCGGCUUUGUGCUCUUUGACACGCAGCUCAUCAUAGAGAAAGCAGAGAACGGAGACAAGGACUACGUGUGGCACUGUGUGGACUUGUUCCUUGAUUUCAUCACCAUCUUCAGGAAACUGAUGAUCAUCCUGGCCAUGAAUGAUAAGGACAAGAAGAAGGAAAAGAAGUAGAGAGCUUAGAGGAGCAGCAAAAUUAAAGAGAAGGCACAACCUGCUUAGCAUUUGGUGCUUUUCACCUUGUCUUUUUUAAUCUAACUGUUCUGUGGUCUCAUGUUGUUUAAAUUUGACCUAUUUUUGAAGUGUAACGGGCUGAAUGUAAGUUUGGUUCAGUGAUGUUAGUCCCAUCUUGGCUGCGGAGACUUCCUGCUGCAGCUCUCCUGCUCGGCCUGCAGGGGGCGCUGCUGGAAGCUGAGCAGGACUUCAUCUUCCUGUUUAGUGCCAUAAGUGAAGGAAACGAUACUCCCGUUAGCCGAUUACCUUUGAUUACUCUUGAUUUGUGUAUUUAUAGUUUGUCUCAGUGCUCUUUAGUGGAGUGUCACUAGAUUAGUUUCUCAUAAUUUAGACAAAACAUCCUUUUACUGUUUUGUUCUUCUUUUAAACCUCAUUUUGAAUAAGAAGUGAAAAGUGUGCUGGUCCUGAAUCUGAGAGCCUGCCAGCUUCUUCCCGACACACUGAACUCCUCCAGAUGGACGAAGUCGUCGGGUUUAGAUUUGGGACGGGUUCAAGUGACACUGAGACAUCUGUUCAAGUUCCCAGUUCGAACAAAGAGGACUUGAGUGGACCGCUCGUUUUGUAAAUGGUCUCAAACUCUGGUGUGCGAGCAUCGGUUUGCCAAACAAAGUGACAUCAACCAACAGUUUGUCAUUCUCGCAUUUUGAACGUGUAUACUGUGAAGACUUUUUGUUGGUGUGACACUGAAACUACUAAUUUGAUACGUUUGCUCUAAUAAAUGUGUUGAACAUGUUGAA